AGUGACGAACUGUGCUAUUGGUUGGUGCGCAGCAAUCCAGACCGAGAGAGAGAAGGGAAGAAAACAGCAGCAAAAAGCAAUCCAGACGUUCCGUUUAAAAACUAACAUCUGAUACCAUGAACCCGGUUUACAGCCCAGCACCUUCAGGGGUCCCCUAUGCAAAUCCAAAAGGAAUUGGAUAUCCAGCUGGUUUUCCAAUGGGCUAUGCAGCUGCUCCCGGUUACUCUCCUAAUAUGUACCCUGGCGCAAAUGCAGCCUUUCAGACAGGGUUCGCCCCAGGCACACCGUAUAAAGUCUCCUGCUCUCCCACUACUGGAGCAGUGCCACCAUACUCCUCAUCACCAAACCCCUACCAGACAGCAAUGUACCCGCUUCGAAGUGCUUAUCCACCACAGAACCCGUAUGCACAGCAAGGUGCUUACUACACACAACCUCUGUAUGCAGCACCGCCCCAUGUAAUCCACCACACCACAGUCGUUCAGCCCAAUGGUAUGCCUGCGGCCAUGUACGCUCCUCCUAUCCCACAACACAGAGCUAAUGGUGUUGCCAUGGGCAUGGUAGCUGGGACCACUAUGGCAAUGUCAGCUGGUAUGAGCACUUUGUUGACAACCCAUUCCCCAUCUCCUGUAGCUCCUCAUCAAGUUACGAUGCCCACAUACCGGCCUCCAGGGACACCUACCUAUAGCUACGUGCCCCCGCAGUGGUGAUCAGUCUGGCAGUGUUUAAAGAUGGGAGAUCUGCAUUCAGCCAAGUAUGGUACACUUGGUGCUGAUGCACUUAUGCCUCUGACCUAGGACUCCUUCCAAAAAAAAAAUAUACAUGAAAAAAAGAAGAAACUUCCAGUGCUCAACAUUUUGCCAACACUCUACCAAAAACCUAAGUCAGUGAAGUCAUGGUAACCCACAUCCGCAUAUCUUACCUCUUCCAACUCGGCCAUUACCGAAACAAAACAGACAAAAUGGUCUUGACGCAAAAUUGUGUUUUGUGUACUUUUCUUGCAGUUUUAUAGCUAACCUAUAAAAUAAAAAAGGGAGUAUAAAUUCAUUUGGAUUCAUAUCUAGUUGAAUGCAUGUUUUUAAAAAAAAAAAAAAAAAAAAAAAUGUAAUUGCUUGCUCAAUCUACCUGCAGUGACUGAUGCAAAACCGUCAUAUGUGAAAUCCAAAGGAAUUGAAGUUAAACAAAAUAAUUCUGUAACCCAGUAUCCCUAUUGCAAUGUCUAACUUAAUAUAAAAAAAUGUACCUAGUGAAAUAGAGCAAUUGUGUAUACGUGGAUUUCGAUAUAAUGAAAAGCUCUCUAACUUUGGAUACAUACUACAGUAUAAAUAUUAUUUUUUGUUUGAGUUGUCAGUCCAAAUG